AUGAAUCUCUCCCCGCACCCGUCGCGCACGUCCCUCGCGCCGCAUCACGCCGCAUUUGCCGCUUCCGCGUUUCCGCACGCGCAGCAUGUGACAAGCUCCGCCGUUGGCUUGUCCCCUUGUCCGGUUCCGCGGACUUCGCUGGCAGUGGCGGUAGCUGCUCUGCCUGGGCCGGGUACUCUCCCUGUUUCUCCGCUUGGCGUUGCUCCCCCCGUUGCUUCUCCGCGCGGUGCUGCUCCGCCCGGCACUCCGACUCUUCCGAGGGUUCACCGUCACAGCGCCUCCAAGGCUCCUCCUCCUCGUGCUGCUGCUGCUGAUUCUGCUUCUCCCGCCGCCGCUUCACCCGCCGCCACCCCCCGGAUCGACCGCGCCAAAACCGCGUACGCCUACGAUGCUUCAUCUGCCGCCGCCGCCGCCGCCGCCGCCGCCUCCUCUGCCUCGGCUGCUGCUGCUUAUGUUUCUGGUGGGGGCGUGAGGGGCGUGGAUGAGCGUGAGCGGAAGAGAGCGAGGAUGAUGGGGCCGUGCAAGGAGGAGGCGAGGGAGGAGACGCGGGAGGAGGCGAGGGAGGAGACGCAUGAGGAGGCGAGGGAGGAGACGCGGGAGGAGGCGAGGGAGGAGACGCGGGAGGAGGCGAGGGAGGAGACGCGGGAGGAGGCAACCACCAGACUCCAAAGCUACGGCGCUGUGAGACUCGGCAGCGACGACACUGAGAUGUCUGAUGAGACCCCUGUACCACCACCGCUGCAUCAUGCUCAGCAGCAGCAGCAGCAGCAGCAGUGGUAUGCCAUGAACCUUGCUGGCAACACUGUUCCCUCUUCGCCCGUGCCGCCCGCUUCGCCAGAGGUAAACCCCUCAUCCGCCUCUCCUGCUCCUCCUGCCGCCCGGCUUGUCGACGUGGAGGGUGUUUCCGUCAAUGUCGAGAGCGAUUUUUGCGUCCGUUGA